AUGGUGACGUUGGGGCAAGCCCACGGCGCAUUUCCCAAGCUGAGCAAGCACUCUGGCGUCCAGCGAGACAUGGCAUUUCACAUUCGGGUCACGCUGCAGUUUUACCAAGCCACGAGCAACGGCAUCGUGACCGAGGCCAUCCUCCAGACGUUGGCAUGCCAAUUGCACUCGGUUCAGACUGCGGCAACGUGGGCAGGGUCCCUUGUGACAUCGUUGCCCACGCAGCGCGACCACAUCGGGGUCUUUUGCGACAGCUGCAAACAAAACAUUGCGGGCGUCCCGUUGGCUUUCUCGGACGUUGCUCACGUUGUUGGACUGGGUGUAGACGCUCACUACAAGUGCUUGGUAUGCCCAGCCUACGACCGGUGUGAGACGUGUGUCCUUGGCCAUCCGACGAGCCAUCCAUUCGUGCGGCUCACGCAUGCACAGUAUGGACCAUCCAACUACAUCACGCACAACCGAUCGAGGUGGACGCACCCCAACACAAAUUGCUCGUGCUGCUUUGGAUCGCCCAUCGUUGGCAUCUUGUACCGAUGCACCAUGUGCCCGUCGGUCGUGUUGUGCGAGCGAUGCCAUGCCAAGUUGGACCAUCCGCUCAUCAAGCAGGUCCGUCCAGCGUCGUCGUUUUCAUGGAAUAUCAGCAACUAA